AAUUCGCAUAAAAGGAAAUUCUCUCUCUCUCUCUCUCUCAUAUUCUCUCUCGAUCAAUCUCCAUCUUCAGACACACAAAUGUACUAAUCAUCAUUAAAAAAUAAUGAUGAUUGAUUAAACAAGCAAAAUCUUCAUUUUCUCUCUAGAAAACUAGUUUAAUUUCGAAUUUUGUGUGAUCCUGUAAAAUUAUAAUGGUGGCUAUGGAUGAUACGGAGAGCUGCGGCAGCCGAGCCACGGAGCCGGCAUCCCCAAAGAAGAGUAGCCAGCAGAGACAGCGGCUCGAAGUUUUUCGCGAAGUGCUCAGUCGGCUCCAGGAUUUGAAUCAGGAAGAAGCUAAACUGCCCGGCUUCGAAGACCAGCUAUGGCAACACUUCAAUCGUCUUCCUGAAAGAUAUGCGUUGGAUGUGAAUGUGGAAAGAGCUGAAGAUGUACUCACGCAUAAAAGAUUGCUGCAUCUGGCGGAGGAUCCUGCUAAUAGACCUGCCUUCGAAGUUCGCCUUGUUCAGGUUCCUCCUGCGUCUGAUGGAAAUUCAGCAGAUGCUGAUCAUAUGGAUUCUUCAGCAAACGAAGAAGGUCAAAGUUACUCUAGUCGUUCUCCUAGCCGGCAGGGAAUCCAUCCUCCACCUACUUUUGGUUCGGCAGCAAAUCUUGAAGCCCUUGCCUGUCAAGCUAAUGGAAGUCAUGACAAUAAUUCAAACGGUGAUGUCAAUUCAACUUCACGAACUCCUCGGCCCAUGCACGAAAUCACUUUUUCCACAAUCGACAGGCCCAAAUUGCUGAGUCAGUUGACUCUCUUACUUUCUGAGAUUGGUCUGAACAUUGAAGAAGCCCAUGCAUUUUCAACUACCGAUGGAUUCUCAUUAGAUGUCUUUGUUGUUGGUGGGUGGCCAUAUGAGGAAACCGAGCUGCUUAGAAGUGAGGUGCAAAAGGAGAUCUUAAAGGACAAGGAGCAACCUUUUCCAGAUCAACAUUCUCUUUCAGCCAUUAAUCAGAAUGUCCCAGAAGUUCCUGAAUUCAUCGCUGAACAUGUUAAAAUACCUACUGAUGGAACUGACGUCUGGGAAAUUGACUCCCACUUGCUGAAAUUUGAAGGCAAAGUUGCAUCUGGUUCAUUUGGUGAUCUUUAUAAAGGAACAUACUGUAGUCAGGAAGUAGCUAUAAAAAUUCUCAUGCCCGAGCGAGUUAAUGUCGAUAUGUUGAAAGAGUUCUCCCAGGAAGUUUUCAUUAUGAGAAAAGUUCGGCACAAGAAUGUUGUUCAAUUUAUCGGUGCAUGCACAAGACCCCCAAACCUGUGCAUUGUGACUGAGUUCAUGUCUAGAGGAAGUGUGUACAACUUUCUGCACAAACGAAAAGGUUUCUUUAAGCUUCCUACUCUGUUGAAAGUGGCAAUUGAUAUUUCAAAGGGAAUGAGUUAUCUUCACCAAAAUAACAUAAUCCAUCGGGAUCUAAAGACUGCCAAUCUUCUGAUGGAUGAACACGAAGUCGUUAAGGUUGCUGAUUUUGGAGUGGCCAGGGUGCAAGCUGAAACCGGAGUGAUGACUGCAGAAACUGGUACAUAUCGUUGGAUGGCUCCUGAGGUAAUUGAACAUAAACCAUAUGACCACAAGGCUGAUGUUUUCAGCUUCGCGAUAGUGCUAUGGGAACUUCUAACAGGACAAAUUCCAUAUGCCUUUCUAACACCUUUACAAGCAGCAGUUGGAGUGGUUCAACAUGGACUGAGGCCGACCAUUCCAAAGAACACUCACCCGAAGCUUGCAGAACUGCUCGAGAAAUGCUGGCAACAAGAUCCAACUCUACGACCCGAUUUUGACACGAUUUUAGAAAUUUUGCAUCAAAUUGCAAAGGAGGUUGGAGAUGAUGGAGAAGAUAAGAACAAGGAUAAAUCAAUUGGUGGUUUUUUCUCCUCUCUUAGAAGGGGACAUCACUGAAUUUCGACGAUAAAAGAAAUUACGAUGGACAUAACUUUUUUACAUCGUUAUCGAAUUUCGAAUAUUGAUAAAAGGAAUAGUAUGUGGCCGCAGGAUUUCAUGUGUACAGCAUAUUGUGUUUUUUAUCAAUCUGAAUGUUACUUGGCUUUUCCAGUGAAAAUUUCUCAUCUUUGUUUGAAGUUAUUCUCUUCUACUUUCCAAGCAGCUGGGGACAAUUUGGCCGUGGUA